GCAGAACGCCAGCCGCUGCUUAUUGCCCGCGGGCUCCCCACAGCGCCCGAGUCGGCUUUGCUGUCCGUGCUAUUCCCAGGCGCUAGGGCUGGAGCCGGUGCGCUCCCAGGGCAAGCACCGGAGGAAGCUGCUGGAUCCCGGGGGAGCGAAGGAGCCGCUAACAGACCAGGCUCCUGCAGUCUCACGGCCAGCGGAGGACCAUUCCUGCCGCUCCGCGUCGGGGCUGCGAGAGGAGGACAAGGACAUGCUGGGCGGCGGCAGUGACUCGGGCCUGGCCACCGCCGCGGCGCGGGGGCAGGUGGAGACUGUGCGGCAGCUCCUGGAAGCCGGCGCAGAUCCCAACGCCAUCAACCGCUUCGGGAGGCGCCCGAUUCAGGUCAUGAUGAUGGGCAGCGCCCAGGUGGCAGAGCUGCUGCUGCUCCACGGAGCUGAACCAAACUGCGCCGACCCUGCCACUCUAACCAGACCCGUGCACGAUGCGGCUCGGGAGGGCUUCCUGGACACGCUGGUGGUGCUGCACAGGGCAGGGGCGCGGCUGGAUGUGUGUGACGCCUGGGGCCGCCUGCCGGUGGACCUGGCUGAAGAACAGGGCCAUCGUGAUAUUGCGAGGUAUCUGCAUGCUGCCACUGGAGACUGAUGGCAGGUUGGCUCGGCGUCCUGCAAGGACUUUUUUCACCCCACCACCAUCUAGGCAGAACUCGGCAGAACCAGCAAGCCUUCCAAAACUCAAAGCCUAUCCAGGAAGGCAAAGCCAAUCAGAAAUAACUUUGCAAGUGUUUUCCUGCAUCUGGAUCUAGCCCUCUAUUCUCACCCUGAAGCCAAAGGGAUCACCAAUUUGAUUUUUUUUUUUAAUUGUGUGAAGUUCCUGGGCCCUUUACCUUUCAGGACAUGGUGUAAAAUAACAAGGGAAGUUCUUGAAUCUCCACAAUAUGAUGUUGCAGUGGGAAGUGGGAACUGGAGAGCGUGGUGAUAGACAUUUGGGAGGUAAUGGUCAGUACCUUCCCCUGUGAACUCCCAAUGUAGAUGAUCCCCAGGCGAGAGAGACCUGAAGACUAGAUGAGCAGCACUGAAGUGCGCCUGGGGCUUUUGGUUCACCUGCAAAAUGGCAUUCUGCUGAAAGUGAGGACUUGCCCCCAGCUCCACCUGGAAGAUGCCAGCAGAUGACUGCUAAACUCUGUGAACCACGGUUCUGAUGGUCUGGUUACUGACAGACUCAACCUACACGAAGUCCAAUGGUGAAUCGUAGUAUGUAGCAAUUUGCUCUCUGUAAAACGGUUUAAGAACCCCUCUAGGAACUUCCUACAUUUGAGUUCUUUAGAAACAGUGUAUUUAAUAAGUUACACUUUUAACAGUGUUAACUUCUUCUGGUCCUCAACAGAGGUGGACUGAAGUUCAGCUUGUUUUUGCUUGGUUGGUCUUCCUCCCUCCUUUCCUCCCUCCCUCCCUCUUUAAGGCAGCGCUUUUCACGUAGCUCAAGCUAACCUCAAGUCAUGGUACCCCUGCCUUAGCCUCCUAAGUACUGGGCUUGUAGCAGGCACCCCUUCUGAAAUACAGAUUACUAGGGAAAUGGUGACAUGUGGCACACUCCUAGUGGCACUGCACACCCUGCUUUCAUGUUCUUUAUGUCUCUGUUCACUGUUUCCUGUAGUGAGUGUCUCCGGAGAACUUUGCUGGUGUCCUUUUAAAUGGCAGCCACACUUAUCCCAGUCAGUUACCUUGGGCUACUUCCUAAAGGUUAGGGAAAAGAGGUUGAGUAUGAACUUACUGAAAUUAAAUGACAAUUUGUGGGCUGCCUUGCUUGCUUGUCUACUGAACAAAUUGUGGGUACACUCUGUGGGGCUUCCAUUGUGACUUAGCUCAUUUCAGCAUUGAAACAAUUGAUACAUCCUUGUUUUAAUAAAGAAUA